GAGGCCGUUGGUGCCGGUGAGACUAUGCGGCGUGACGCUGCGCGGGAGCAGGAGGAGGCGGUUGCGACCCUGACGCAGGAGGUGCAGCGGCUGACGUCGGAGCUGGCGGAGGCCCGGCGCGAGCGGGAGGAGGCCGUUGGUGCCGGUGAGACUAUGUGGCGUGACGCUGCGCGGGAGCAGGAGGAGGCGGUUGCGACCCUGACGCAGGAGGUGCAGCGGCUGACGUCGGAGCUGGCGGAGGCCCGGCGCGAGCGGGAGGAGGCCGUUGGUGCCGGUGAGACUAUGUCGGCGUGA